GUUUUCUUCUGCAUCCCAAAGUUCCAGGAACCGCAUUCAAGUAAACAUGUGCCUAGCCAUCUAACCAACCAACUCACCUGGCCUUCCUAUUUUCUUUCUUCUCUUCUUUAACUUGUUUCCUGGCGAGACAUUCUUGGUAUCGCCAACUACUGAAUUCUUCACCGACCUUCCCACUCUAUUUCGCCGUCGCGUUGCCAGCUUUCCUCUUCUGAAACGAGCCCCGAUCGGCCACGGUCGUCAACAAUGACCACCCUCGGCGAUGACCUCCUCCGAACCGUCAACAAGCUUCAAGACCUGGUUUUCAAUACCAUUGGGAAUGACUCUCUCGAUCUCCCCCAGAUAGUCGUUGUUGGCUCCCAGUCCUCGGGCAAAUCUUCUGUGCUCGAAAAUAUCGUGGGACGGGACUUUCUCCCCCGAGGCAGUGGCAUUGUCACACGUCGCCCGUUGAUUCUACAGCUCAUAAACAUUCCUCCUGACGAAGAUGCCGACGCAAACAACGAUGAGGUUCACGUCCCCCACUCUGCUGCCAGCGUGGCCGAGCACGGAGAAUGGGCAGAAUUCCACCAUAUCCCAGGUCGCAAGUUCUCAAACUUUAACCAAGUCCGGGCCGAGAUCGAGAACGAGACAGCGAGAAUAGCUGGCAAUAACAAGGGCAUCAACAGACAGCCCAUCAACCUCAAAAUCUUCUCUCCACACGUCCUUAAUUUGACCCUGGUCGACUUGCCCGGUUUGACCAAGGUCCCUAUCGGUGACCAGCCUACAGACAUCGAGAAGCAGACGAGAACCCUCAUCUCCGAGUACAUCGCCAAACCGAACAGCAUCAUUCUUGCCGUGUCACCCGCAAAUGUCGACAUUGUGAAUUCGGAAGCCCUUAAACUUGCCCGGCAUGUCGACCCGAUGGGAAGAAGGACAAUUGGUGUCCUGACAAAAUUAGAUCUCAUGGAUCAUGGUACAAAUGCUUUGGAUAUUUUGUCUGGUCGCGUAUAUCCGUUGAAGUUGGGUUUCAUUGGUGUUGUGAACAGAUCACAGCAAGAUAUCCAGACAAACAAACCCAUGUCGGAUGCUCUCAGGUCCGAAGCUGAGUUCUUCAGGCAUCACCCUGCAUACCGAAACAUGGCGACGCGAUGCGGAACACAAUACCUCGCGAAGACGCUGAACACCACCCUAAUGGCUCACAUUCGAGACAGACUGCCCGAUAUUAAGGCAAGACUGAAUACACUGAUGGGUCAGACACAACAAGAGUUGGCAAGCUACGGCAGCAAGCAAUUUGCAGGCAAAGAACAUCGCGGUUCAUUGAUUUUGCAGUUGAUGACACGUUUCGCCAAUGCCUUCAUCUCCUCUAUUGAUGGUACAUCUUCAGAAAUUUCGACCAAAGAGCUUUGCGGUGGUGCCCGGAUAUAUUACAUCUUCAACUCUGUUUUUGGAAAUUCGCUGGAAACUAUCGACCCAACCCAUAAUCUCUCCGUCUUGGACAUUCGAACGGCAAUCCGGAACUCUACCGGUCCUCGACCAAGUUUGUUCGUUCCCGAACUGGCAUUUGACCUUUUGGUGAAACCUCAGAUCAAGCUUUUGGAGAUUCCUAGUCAACGAUGUGUGGAGUUGGUCUAUGAAGAGUUGAUCAAGAUCUGCCAUACUUGCGGAUCCACAGAGCUUUCAAGAUUUCCGAAACUGCAAGGCAAGCUUAUUGAAGUUGUCUCGGAUCUUCUGCGAGAACGUCUCGGACCUGCCUCGAGUUACGUUGAAUCCUUAAUUGCUAUUCAGCGGGCAUACAUCAACACCAAUCAUCCUAAUUUCCUCGGAGCCGCAGCAGCAAUGUCCUCUGUCAUACAGAAUAAGAACGAAAAGGAUAAGAGAGCCGCCCAAGCAGAAGAGCGACGAAAACGCGAGAAGCAACGAAUGAAGCAGCUGGGUGUCAACGGCACAGCCACUCCAGAUGAUGAGGAGGCUGAACAAGACGACAAAGCGACCGCUCUUCCGAUCCGCAAGCAUCCUGCCGUGAGCCGAAGUAUGUCUCCAGCCGUGGCAAGAGAGCGAGAAAAUGGUAUUGGCAGCAUAUCUGCUGCUGCAGGAGGCACCGGUGGAGCUCGAGAUUCUUUCCUAAACUACUUUUUUGGAAAAGACGGUUUGCCAUCAGGUAUGCCAUCGAUGCCACCUGCCAACUCAUCUGCUGCUUCGAGACACGUCAGCCACAGCGUAGAACCGAGCUUCAGUCAGAGUAUCCGACGUUCCGAUAGGGGCAGCUUCACAGAUCGAUCACCUGCAUUCCCCCCUCCGAUGAAUGAUGAAUAUGCACCAUCAGAGUAUGGCGAACCGACGUCACUAUUCCCCGAGCAAUCCGCAGAGCCUGUCCUGACCGAUCGAGAAGCCUUGGAAACCGAACUCAUCCGUCGCCUUAUUAGCUCUUACUUCAACAUUGUCCGUGAGACGAUUGCCGAUCAAGUUCCCAAGGCCAUCAUGCACCUACUCGUCAACCAUAGCAGGGACGAAGUGCAGAAUCGUUUGGUGAGCGAGUUGUACAAGGAGGAUCUGUUCGGGGAGCUGCUGUACGAGGACGAUGGUAUCAAGAAGGAGAGAGAAAAGUGCGAAAAAUUGUUGACCACGUAUAAAGAAGCGGCCAAGAUUGUGGGCGAGGUUUUGUAAGAGUCGACGAGACUACAAGAUUCAAUUGGAGGUGGAGGAGAGAGCAAAGAUUGUUGAUUUGACCUGGUUUUUUCUCGCAUCAUCAAAGAAUCUCGGCUUUUCUUUGUUCGUUGUUGAUUCUCAUGUCUCUACUCGACUAGAAAUUCAACUCAUCAUCCGAAAGAGCGAAGAGUGGAAGAGUGGAAGUGCGGAAGAAGAGAGAAACAAAGGCAAGCAGGAAAGAAAAGGACAUCACUACUCUCUGGCCUUGUUGCAGUGUGUGACCCUUGCAAUGUAUUCUAUGGGCUUGUCAUGUCUUUUUUGUGUGUAUCUCAAUAUUCUUUCGAGAGGGUUUGUGUCCCACUAGUUUGUACUACAAGACUUUACCUGUAUACGGAGUAGAAGUGUGUGUGUGUGUAUACUGUAUGUGUGUAUGUAUGGAUGGGUAAGAAAAGGCAGGUAGCUUCGAAUGGCUGGGAUUGGCCUGUAAUUUGUGCUGCACGAGAAUGUCAUGAAC